AUGCGAAGAGAUUACCCUUAUGAAGGAAGAUCGCAAGGAACAGGUUGUGGGUAUGUGCAACCAGCUUCAGUGGUAGCAUUUGCAGUUUCACCUCCAGUAAGGAGAAACCGACUCGAUAAAGGUAAAGGGAUAGCUUCUACUUUUCGAUCCCUACCUACUAAGUCAGUGUCACAGGGUACUUCCGGAGAGGGACAAAUAUUGGCAAAGGUCACUAGAAUGGAAACCGGACUAAAUUAUUUGACGUGCACAGUAGCCACGGAAGAUGUGUCGAUGGGGGAAAAGUUUGUCGAUAUUAAAAUGGUGUCAAUAAUUAAUGAAUGCGAAGAUGUGUUCCCAGAUGAAGUGCUAGAGUUACCCUCAGAAAGAGAGGAUAAAUUUUGCAUUAAUUUGACUCCUAGCACGGAACCAAUAUCUGAAGUUCCUUAUCGAAUGGCACUAGCAGAAAUGCGAGUAUUGCGAGAGCAAUUGCAAGAGUUGAGGGAAAAGCGAUUUAUUUGUCCAAGUACUUCCCCUUGGGGAGCUCCGGUAUUAUUUGUAAAGAAAAAAGAUGGAAGUUUGAGGUUAUGA